UGGGAAGGCGGCUACGAAAGAACAUGGGAAAUCCUUAAAGAAGAUGAAUCCGGAUCGCUGAAAGCGACCAUCGAGGACAUCCUCUUCAAGGCCAAGAGGAAAAGAGUCCGUGAACAUCAUGGACAAGUUCGACUUGGAAUGAUGCGUCACCUUUACGUGGUUGUUGAUGGAUCAAGAACUAUGGAGGACCAAGAUUUAAAACCGAACAGACUUGCCUGCACUUUGAAGCUACUGGAAUACUUUGUUGAAGAGUACUUUGAUGAAAAUCCUAUUAGUCAGAUUGGCUUAAUUGUAACGAAGAGUAAAAGAGCUGAGAAAAUGACAGACCUUUCAGGUAACCCAAAAAAGCACAUAGCUGCCCUGAAGAAAGCAGUGGAUAUGAACUGCAGUGGAGAGCCAUCUCUCUAUAAUUCCCUAAAUUUGGCCAUGCAGACUCUAAAGUUA